GCUGGGUUUUUGCACCGAGAGCGAUUUAGACGCGCACGAGGCAGGACGGAGUUGCCAAACGUGUCUGCGACGUGUUUUUGCAGCUCUCACAAAACCUGCAACCGUUUCGUGGCCGUGGACACGGAACAAGCUAAGUGCAGGCCGCUGCACUUGCAGGCGCCCGUCGCUGCAGUCGCGCGAGCACGCCAAACGACGCGACCACAGAGCACUAGAGCACGCAUGCACCGAUGCGGCCGCUGCUAGCCAUGGUCGUGUGCACAAGAGCCCUCCUGCGUUCAUCAACUCGCAUGUCGCUAACGACAGCACCACAAAAGACCUUCGAGCGCACGAAGGAAGCGAUACCGGACGGCGUCUGCUGCGUCUACAAGCCGCCGGGCUGGACGUCGUCGAACGUCGUAUCUAAGAUACGGGGCACGCUCGAGCGGGCCAUACGCAUCAAAGGAGAGAAACGACAAAAGGUGAAGGUCGGCCACGGCGGCACGCUGGACCCGAACGCGCGGGGCUGUCUGGUGAUUGGCGUGGGCACGGGCUGCCGGCUGAUGCAGUCGUAUUUGAAGGGCGGCAAGGAGUAUUUUGCCAUUGGAAAAUUGGGCGAGGCCACGGACACGCUCGAUUCGGAGGGCAACGUGACCUCCACUCAGCCCUAUGACGACUCUACAUUACAAAGGAUGGAGGCUUUAUUACCUCAAUUCACGGGCGACAUCCUGCAAAUACCACCCAUGUACUCGGCGCUGCACAAGGACGGCAAGCGCCUGUAUGACCUCGCUAGACAAGGUCUUGAGGUGGAGCGAGAGGCGCGGCAAGUUUCGGUUUCUAGGUUGCGGAUGGUCGACGACCGCGGCGUCGGUUCCCACGAAGCGCCCUUGUCGCUCCCGUUCUUCGGCCUGGACGUCGAGUGCUCGGGCGGGACGUACAUCCGAACGCUCAUCGACGACCUAGCGAGGGAGGCGGGGUCGUGCGGCCACAUGGUCGAGCUUGAAAGGACGCGCCAGGGGCCUUUUGGGUUGGAGCACUGCCUCGGUGACGAGGCGUGGGGCGACUUUGAUGCCGUGUGUGCGCAUGUCGAGGCGUCGCGGGCCAUUGUGGAGGAUGGGUAA